CUCACACCCUCUACAACACUGAUUCAAGCUCCACUGGUAUUUGGUUUUCUCACCCAGCCAAUCCCGGUGCAGUGGGCGGGGCUCGUCGGAAAACGGGUGGGUAAAACCCUUCCUCUCCUCAAACCUACUGGAUUGAGGUGUACCGUGACCGGACGCUGAACAGUCUUCUGCUCGCGUUAAAAACACCGUUUGAUUUCCAUUUGUUCCUUUUUGCACGAGUGUCAUCGCCACCGUUUGUCACACGGAUCCCGUGUAGGGAGAAUGGCAGGGAGUGGCACGGAGAAAAAGGACAGGCGCGUGAGGAUUCACUGCUGAGCUGAGCUGAGACGCGGCCGAUCCGCGCGGAGACCGAUAACUGCAGCCGGAGUGACCGGGAACGGCGCGGUGGCUGCUGCUCUUUACCGCCAUGGGUCGAGCGCCAGUAAGCUCGCUUGCAUUUUGAAACGAUAGUCUUUUGUGUCCCUGCGUCCUAGAACAAUGAAUUAAAAUGCUUGGUUUCGUUUUAGAACGCUUCGCUAGUGCGUUCUUGCGCUCUAGAACGCCUGGCUGGUGGGUGCUGCUUGGUGUAUGUGUACUUGCGUUCCAGAAUGCUUAGCUGUUGUUACGUUGUAGAACGGUUAGCUGGUGCAUACCUGUACUCUAGAAUGUAGGACUAAUCCAUACCUGUGCUCUAGAAAGCCUGGCUCGUGCAUAAUUCAGAAUGCUUAGCUAGUACUUCCGAUAGAACACAGCUGGUGUGUAGUUAUGUUCAUACUUGUGUACUGAAACACUUGAUAAUGGGUAUUUGCAUUCUAGAAUGCUAAUCUAAUUCAUAGAAGUUUGUGCAUAAAGUGCGCUAGCAACAAUUAGUGUAUACUUGGAAGACAUCAACAUUUUAAGGUGCAACAGAUUUUUCUGUUUACUGAAUUCAGAAGUACAUUUGUAUAGAAGUGUAAAGUUCUUUGAGCUUUCAAAACGUUGAAUAAUACUGUGGUGCUGUAUGAAAAAAUGUACAAACCUGUUUGUUUAUGUUAGCUAGAAGUGAACCAGUGAACCAAAUUCUUCCAGAAGUGAACGAAUUUGCGAGCCACGUGGAGCUACGUGAGAGAAAACCCGUGAUGUUGAAGUGUGCUAUGAUUGCAGCGGUUUGGACUGGUAGGUUUACAUUAGCCAAUGUUCUUGCUUGGCUGUACUAGCAAGCUUGCCAGUAUACGGGGGAUUUUAAUCGUACUAGCCAGUGUUCUUAAUAGUGCACUAGCAUCUAGAACGUAAGUGUGCCAGCUGAAUCACAGCCAUGCGGUGGAAGAGGAGUGUGAGGAGGUGAAGGUGGACUAGAGCCGGAGAAGAGGCUGGGGGUGGUGUGAUGGAGUGGUGGUAAAGAUUCCCACGUGUGUGUACGUAUGUGUGCACCUUUGUGAGUAUACACAAUGGAGCGGUUCCUGCAAAUCGCGCCGCACUCGCUGGCCAUUGUGCUGCGGCGUGUAGGGACGGAGCAAGCAGCCACUGUGACCGACGAGAUCCAACACCGGCACACGGGCUACGAGAUCUUCGCUGACUUCAAGGCAGAGAACAUGCAGCACUUCUGGAACAAGAAAGUGACAGAAGCCGUGGAGGAGACAUUCUUCCUUGGCUGGAUCGAUGAGCAUGUGCUGCUCAUCCAGGGCAAGGAGGAGCACCUGGAGGUGCUGAGGGAGGGCUGGACACGUCGGUCACUCAAAGCACCCCGUGGCUUCGAGAUCCAGUGCAUAGGUGAUGUGUCUCCCAUUAGUAUGUCCCCGAUCAGCCAGUCUCAGUUUAUUCCGCUGGGAGAAAUUCUGUGUUUGGCGAUUUCAGCCAUGAACUCCGCCCGCAAGCCCGUCACACAGGACGCCCUGAUGGAGCACCUCACCUCCUGCUUUCCAGGUGUACCCACACCAAGUCCAGAGAUCCUGCGGCACACGCUCAACAUGUUGGUUCGGGAGCGGAAGAUCUACCCCACGCCUGAGGGCUACUGCAUUGUUACACCCCAGACCUACUUCAUUACCCCCUCCCUCAUCCGCACCAACAGCAAAUGGUACCACCUGGACGAUCGGCAUCCAGACCGCCAGCAGCAGCCACAACAACAACAACAACAACAACAGCAGCAACAACAACAACAACAGCAGCAACAACAGUCACAGCAGCAGCAGUGUACGUCACCCCAGUCUGGCACAGUCACACCUUCUACAUCUGGAUGUGUGCGGGAAAGGCUAAACCACAAGAACCACUAUGACUCGUACAACUCAUACCGAGAUGAGGUGCCAAGCAAUCACACCACACUUCAGAGGAAGUCCCCCAAGGAACCUAAAGGAGAUCCCCCCUCAUACCCUCAGCCCCCACCUCCUCCACCAACCACACAACACCCACCUGAUCCAGACAAGAGCAGGAGCAACCCUUCCUUCUCUUACAAAACAGACACUCUGACCAAGAAGAAGGAGGGGAGUGCCGGGGGCAGCAGCGAGAGGCAAUCUAAGAAAUUUGGGCUAAAGCUUUUCCGACUGAGCUUUAGGAAAGACAAGACAAAGCAGCUGGCGACCUUCUCUGCCCAGUUUCCACCAGAAGAAUGGCCUCUUCGGGACGAGGACACGCCCUCUUCUGUGGCCAUUCCUCGCGAGGUGGAGAUGGAAAUCAUCCGGCGGAUAAACCCAGAUCUGACAGUGGAGAAUGUGGCACGGCACACAGCUGUGAUGAAGCGUUUGGAGGAAGAACGUGCUCAGCGCUGCAAGGCAGGUUCAUCUGCUCAGCACAGUAGUGCCCGCAGCCGCCGCAGCCGGGGCCACCGCCGUGUCCCACAUGGGAAAUCACGAUCUCACAGCAAAACCCGACAAACCUCUCGUGGAGACCCGUCUGAGAGCUCCAACAUGGACCUGGCCACCGCGGUGGGCCUGGAGAGGGACUACCGCUUCUUCAGCCACUCUCUUGUGCGAUCUCCUAGGGAGGGAAUGUACACGGUGGAGCGCAGGAGUGGUGCUUACCUUGUCCACAGCAACCCCAAUAUUGCAGAGUCAUAUUUCCCAGUUACACCUGAAUGGGACGUGUCGGGGGAGCUUGCGAAGAGACGGACAGAGAUGCCUUUCCCAGAGCCUUCACGUGGUACCUCACAUUCUAGAGUGCAUCGGAGCCACAGCCACACGCAAGACCGCAAGUCCCGCACCGAGCGGCCAGAUAAGGCUAAAGAGAGGUCGAGAUCCAUGGACAACUCCAAGGGUCCGCUGGGAGGUGGGAGCUCCACUCUAGGCACUCCAGAGGAGUAUGACCGCAGUCCAGACCAUCGGAGUCGAUACUAUACUGAUGACGGGACACUCAGAGCCUCUUCACAGAAAACUUCUCACUAUUCACGCAUUAUGUUCUCUGCUGCUAAGUUCAACUCGGAGAUGUCCGUGCCCGAUAUGGGUAAGAUGAGCCUAGACACCCCUCUGGAGCGGAACAAGAGCAGGGACAGCUUGCCAGCCUACUGCGAUCUGAAGGCCCUGUCGCCCAAGCCACUUGCAGACGACUACUUCCAGUGCAAUACGUCGAACGAAACAAUCUUAACCGCCCCAUUGCCACUGGGCAAAGCCGAUCACGACACCUUGACGCCAUCAGAUGGGAUCCGUAAGGGAUCACCAGCAGAUCGGCAGACACCACAUCUCACCUCCCCACAUCCCAUGGAUUACAAAGAGGACACCUCCACCAAGGGCCACAGUGGCUCGGGUAAACCCACACCUAGCCAGACUCCAGAGCCCAUGUCCAAUGGACGUUUGAUACAGCACCAACACAGUGCCGACCCAGGGGGUGGGGGAGGGGGCUGUGUGGGUGGCAGCAGCAGUGGGUUGGUGGUGGAUAAGAGGAAAGAGAUUUUCAGUAAGGAUACUCUGUUUAAGCCACCACACAAUGUUUUGACAAUGAGCUAUGUGGACAGUGGCUACUCAAAAUCAGGCACGUUGCGAAAGACCCCUCACAUGAAAUCAUCUGAGGUGCUGGACACCCUUGAGCCCCAAACUCCACCAGCUAACUCUGCCCCAUCACCUGCAUCAGCCCCGCCCCCAACAGGUUCAGAGCAGGGUGCCCCCUCUGCCUCUGAGGCCACAUUUGACUACUACAAUGUGUCGGAUGAUGAUGACGAGGAAGAAGUGGAAGAUUCUUCUCAUAAAGAGGCAGCGCCGGCCGAGGGAAACGGGCGGGCAGGGGCUGUAGAGGGUGGUGGCGGGGUUGGUGGUGGGGUUGGGGGUGGAACCAUGCAGUGGCUGCUGGAACGGGAGAAAGAGCGUGAUCUACAGAGGAAAUUCGAGACCAACCUGACUCUGCUGAGCCCCAAGGAGAACGAGAAUACCAGCAGUCAGAAAUCGGCACACUCCGCACGGCUGGAUAGCAUGGACAGCAGCAGUGUGACUGUAGACAGCGGCUUUAAUUCCCCUCGCACACGGGAGAGCCUGGCAUCCAACACCUCAAGCAUUGUGGAGAGUAACCGGCGGCAGAACCCCGCUCUGAGUCCGGGUCACAUGGGCAGCACCAGCAUCGGCCCACCCUUCACCUUCCGCACCAUCCCCGAGCCCCCCACCACACAGGCUGAGAAACUGCAGAAAUCUCCCAACUGCCUUGCCUCCAUCACCAGCGUCUGACACGGGCUUCAGCUAGGCAGGCGCAGAGUUGGGCAAAUCUGCAGAGAAAAAACAAAAAAUGGGGGUCUGUGUCAGUACCGGGGCGUGGGUGGUCUGGUGGUCAACCUGCUCUGAGACAAGCACCUCAAACCACAUGGGGACUGUUAAAGCCCACAGGUAAUGGCUUCCACAGACUGUUCUUACAGCAUAAACAAGUCACUGCAAAAAAAGAGAGAAAAAAAAGAAAGAAAAGAACAGUCAAAAAAAGAAAUUAUUCACGACAUGAUUUAUGUUGACUAGCGAUUAAUCAGGAAAUUCUCCACUUUGAAUCAACAGUUAUUUUCUUAACCCAGGAUAGUCUUGAAGUAUCUGGUCAUUUUUUUUAUUAUUUUUAAGUCAUUUUUUCAGUCAUGGAUAAAAAAGAAAUUCUCCCGCCAGUGGAUUAGGAUUGCACUCUGACGUAAGGAUGCGCAUCGCUGCUUUAAGGAUGCGAUUGAAAAGAAAUCGAGAAUAAUGACAUACGGAAGAAACCUGGUAUUAAAAAAAAAACUCAUUUGAACAACAUUAAAUUCAUGAUUCAUAAUGUUGUAUAAUAAACCCAAAAAUAAAAGUCAUUCUUCACAAAAGCAUUAGCUCUGUCGAUAAAGUAAUAAGAACUGGAGUUAUACUUUCAUGCUUAUAAAAAUAAAUAGUACUACUUAGAUUGACUUACA